UCUCGCAACUGUAUAAGAAUUGAACCUCUUUUAAAACAAUGUAAUAGAAGUUCCAAAAUAGCUCUGCGUAGUUUGUUUUACGCCAAGCGUUCACAAAUUGAGUAACAAAAGUGAAUACGGAUUAUUUUAUGUGGACAUCUGAUCUGUGAAUGUUCUGCUAAAGCCAUAUUUUCGAGUUAAUGGGAUUUUAAACGUCAGUAUUAAGAACGACUUCAGGACUGAAAUACAGAAAGAUGUCAGUAAAGGCGACGGAAGUAGAUACGGUUCUCAAUGUAUUGGGAGGAAAGGGAUUAUAUCAACAUGUUCAUCAUCUCCUUAUCGUUUUAUGUUCCUUUUCAGCCGCUUUUCAACUGUUAGAUAUGAUAUUUAUUGGACGAAUUAUUCCCCAUCAAUGCUCUGCGCCUCCUAAUGGUACUGGUAUAACAAUAGCUGAAGUAGAAUUAUCAUCCAGUAAUUAUACAGUGGAAUACGGACAAUGUAAUAUUUAUAUUAAAUACAAUACCACUUCUUCCAUCAAUACAGAACACAAACUACCAUGUAUAUAUGGUAUGACCUACACAGAGAGAAAAGAUGCAUCAAUCGUUUCAGAGUUUGAUCUUGUUUGUGAACGUGGUGCGCUCGGCGAUUUACCGCAAACGCUGUUGAUAUUAGGGCAGGCCAUGGGUGCGCUGGUUCUACCGUUUUUCUCAGAUCGUUAUGGACGAAAGUCAACCAAUAUCAUCAGCCAUGUUGGUGUCAUGGUGAUCGGCGUUGCUACAGCUUUCUCUAACAGUUAUAUAACGUUUGCCAUACUUAGACUGUUAAUGGGAAUAGUACAACAGGGGAUAGUAUUGACCAUGGCUACAUACGCUAUAGAAGUGUACCCGACGGUAUAUAGAAGAUAUGUCGGAGUUAUCGGCACCUUUCUAUGGGGGAUCUGUGUUAUCGCCCUGACCCCGUUUGGCUAUUUUCUUCGGAUGGAAAGUUGGCGAACCCAACAACUGGCUUUCUGCUCCGUUUCACUCUACGUCAUUAUCCAAAUCAUCUUUCUAGAUGAGUCGUUCAGGUGGUUGAUAGCAAAUGGAAAAUAUGACAUCGCUCUCAAGAAUAUAAAGAAGGCGGCUAAAUGGAAUAAGAUUGAUGUCAAUAUGGUUGUAGAAAAAUUUAACGAGCUGAUAGGAAGGCAAACUGUAAUUAUUCCCGAGCCGGAGAAGGGGGACCAACUUCUUUUAAACGAGGAUGAAACGAAGCCAAUUGAGAAAAUCGAGAAAUAUAGUUUAUUAGAUAUUUUGAAGAGAAAGAAAUUGGCGCUAAAUACAGUUAUACUGUGGUAUCUAUGGUGUACGGCUGCUUUAUCAUAUUUUGGUUUGUUUUUUACGUCGUCUUCCCUGGCUGGCGAUAAAUAUCUCAACUUCUUCCUGAAUGCGUUAAUGGAAUUCCCACCGGGUCUUAUAUUCCUUUUGAUUAUUGAUAGAUAUGGUAGAAAGAAAACUCUAGCAACAUUUUAUGCUUUAUGUGGGACUGGUAUGAUUCUGGCUACAAUUAUCCGAGUUACAUCUGAUAGCUAUGCAGCAUCUAUAUGUAUAACUAUUUUAUCUUUGGUUGGUAAACUUGGAGCCGGUGGUGCUUUUUGUACCUGUUUCUUCUACACCCCUGAAAUAUUCCCCACCAAUUUAAGGAAUGUUGGACUGGGGUCAGCGUCCAUAGCGGCUCGAGUUGGUGGAAUGUUGGGGCCAUUCUCAAGGGUUUUAGCUCAACAUAUAUCAUGGGGCCCAGGAGCUAUAUUCGGUGGCUGUUGUCUGCUUGCCACUCUCUUGGUCACCAUUUUACCGGAAACUAGAGGGAAAGAACUCCCACAGACUAUGGCGGACGUGAAGCUUCUGUAUAAGAAGGUACCGGAUGGCUCGAUAUUAAAACUGAAGGAUGGAAAGACAAAGAUAUAUCAAUCAUGAUUUUAGAUCGUAGAUAAAAGAAUAAAAGC